UUCUAACUUCUACAAUCCUUCCCAAAGCUCUCCGGAGGUUAAUUAAUCAGCGAUGGCGCAGAGCAGGAUCUCCGUGGUCGCAUUGUGCCUUGUCGUCGCCCUGGUGGUGGCGGCGGCAGCGGUGCCGGCGGCCAGCGCCUUCGGCUGCUACGACGACUGCUUCGAGCGAUGCUCCAACGGCAAGGAAGACCCCGCCUGCACCAAGAUGUGCACCGAGGCCUGCGGCGCAGGCGCGGCGGCACAGGAUGCCGCCGCCCCUGGUGCCAAGGCGUGAGCGCUCGUCUCCGGAUUCAUCACACCGGCGGCGCGCCCCCUGGCUGCUGAACAUGCAUGGCCGGAUAUCUGUCUUUCGCUAGCUAGUUGUGGUGGUGUUCUAUCGAUUUUAUUCUCAUGCAUGCAUGCAUGCAUGCAUGCUUAAUUUUCCAUUUGUUCAUUCACUUAACUGGUACUAACUGUUAAUGACCAAUGGUUAAUCUAUAUAACCUAUAAAGUUGAUUCAAAGUUGAUCCCCACUAACUGCAAUCAAUGUUUGCAAGCUUGACAUGCAAAGUGUUUACAUUAUCAUCCACAUCA